UUCCACUACACUACUCAUCACUUGCCUAUAUUAUCCUCCCUCACUUCUUUUCUCCAUUUAACUUGUGUUUUUCAUGGCCUUCUCGUAUAUUCCUUUUCUUCUUCUGGCCAUUUAUAUUCAUGCCUUGGCUACUCUAAGCAAUGCUGGUGGUCAUCACAUUAGGCCGCCUUCUCCGGGAUACCGGCCCAGCUCUAAAUUCAGGUCUAUGAGCUUUUAUAAAGGUUAUAGAAACCUCUGGGGUCCUAAUCAUCAGAGGCUCGAUAACAAAGCUCUCACCAUUUGGCUCGAUAGAACCUCGGGGAGUGGAUUCAAGUCUGUGAGGCCUUUUCGAUCAGGCUAUUUUGGUGCCUCGAUCAAACUCCAACCCGGGUAUACUGCAGGGGUGAUUACAGCGUUCUAUCUUUCAAACAGUGAAGCGCACCCGGGGUACCAUGAUGAGGUGGACAUUGAGUUUCUGGGGACAACAUUUGGGAAACCUUAUACACUGCAAACAAAUGUAUAUAUCAGAGGAAGUGGAGAUGGUAAAAUUAUAGGAAGGGAGAUGAAGUUUCAUCUCUGGUUUAAUCCUACCAAACGAUUUCAUCAUUAUGCAAUCUUGUGGUCUCCAAAGGAAAUCAUAUUUCUAGUUGAUGAUAUCCCAAUCAGGAGAUAUCAAAGAAAGAGUGUGGCUACAUUCCCACUAAGGCCAAUGUGGGUUUAUGGGUCCAUAUGGGAUGCUUCUUCAUGGGCAACAGAGGAUGGGAAAUACAAAGCCAACUAUCAGUACCAACCAUUUGUGGGAAAGUUUACAAAUUUCAAGGCAAGUGGUUGCACUGCCUAUUCUCCGCGGUGGUGCCGCCCCGUUUCCGCCUCUCCGUGGCAGUCCGGGGGCUUAAGCAGCCAGCAGAACAUGGCCAUGCAUUGGGUACAGAGUCACUACUUGGUUUAUGACUAUUGUAGGGACAACAAAAGAGACCAUUCCAAAACACCAGAAUGUUGGGGUUAGUAUACUUCCACAAAUGGAAUUACCAUGUGCCCAAGGCCUAAGUUACUGGAGGAACAAAAAUUUCUUCUAAGAAAAUUAUAAGUAGAUUUGUUUGGUACUACUUUGUUAAUGUUUUUCGAUUUAUACUCGUGGUAUGUUGUUGUACAAUAGGUAGAAUACACUGAAUAUGAGAAGUAGGUGAAGUUAUGGGGGAUUAGAUCUAAGGGCAAAGGCCUGAUUUGAGUGAAUGCAUUUAUUUCUUACAUCACAAUAAUGUCAAAAAAGUAAAAGAGUUCUCAUUA